AUGAACCAGCGAGAGCAGAUGGAGCAGAGGGGUCAGUUCAGGAUCACCGUGUGGGAGGAGGAGCACUUCCAGGGCAAACGCUGUGAGUUCAUGCUGGAGUGCCCCAACAUCCUGGAGAGGGGAUUCCAGAAGAUCCGCUCCAUCAAAGUCGAGAACGGCCCCUGGGUGGGUUAUGAGUAUCCCGAGUACCAGGGCCAGCAGUUUAUCCUGGAGAAGGGAGACUAUCCCUGUUACCAGGCCUGGAGCGGCAACAGCGGCUACCGCGCUGAGCACCUGCUUUCCUUCAGACCAAUCAAGUGCGCUAACCACAGUGACAGUAAGGUGACCCUGUAUGAGUGUGAGGAUCUCCAGGGACGCAAGUUUGAGAUAUGCGAUGACUACCCAUCCCUUCAGGCCAUGGGCUGGUGCAGUAAGGAGGUCCCCUCCAUUAAAGUGAACUCUGGAGCGUGGGUGGGCUACCAGUUCCCCGGUUACCGUGGAUACCAGUACAUCUUCGAGAGAGACAGGCGUCAGGGCGAGUACAAAAACUAUAACGACUUCGGCACCCAGGCGCACACCAAUCAGAUCCAGUCCAUCCGCCGCGUGCAGCACUAA